AUGCUUUCUAGGUCUCUUCGAGCUCGCGCGGCCGUGCUCACACGCAGACGGGCUGCGCCCGCACUCGUACCCGCACGAUUUUCCCGCUUCUACGCUACGCCAUCCGAUAGCCAGCCCACACCAGACCAGAAGCCUCCGGCAGACUCCAAGUCCCCGGAGGAGAGCGCGAAGGACAAGGAGGGCCAGGUUGAGAAUAAGCAGGCAGAGGGGAAGGAUGUUCAACCAAAGGAGGAACCGCUGAAGGGUCUUGAAGGAUUCUUUCAGCGGUACCACCAGCAACAGCAGGCCGCAAAGAGAGAGUCCACUCACCAGAAGGACGGAGGAAACGAGCACAGUCAGGGGCGUCAGGAGGGCAGGCGUAACAAGCAGGAGAAUCCGAACGCGAACAACCCCUUCAACCCCAACCAGCUUGCGCUCCUUGCCACCACCGCGGCCAUCUUCUUCGCUCUCUCCUCGAGUUCUUACCCCUCGGCUCGCGAGAUAACCUGGCAGGAGUUCCGCACAGCGUUCCUCGACAAGGGCCUCGUCGACUCCCUCACCGUUGUGAAUCGCUCCAAGGUUCGAGUCAAGCUUCACUCCAAUGCUACAGGGACCAUGUACCCGACUGCGCCAUCUGGUGGAGGCGAGUACUACUUCUCCAUCGGUUCGGUGGAGGCCUUCGAGCGGAAGCUGGACGAGGCGCAGAACGAGCUGGGCAUCCCUUCGCACGAACGCAUACCCGUGUCUUACCACGAGGAGGUUUCCACAUUCAACUACCUCGUCAGCUUCGGCCCUACCCUCCUCUUUGCCGGUAUCAUGAUCUGGCUAUCGCGACGUGCAGGCGGCGGGGCAGGAGGUGGUGGUGGCAUCUUCAGCGUUGGCAAGAGCAAAGCUCGCAUGUUCAACAACGAGACGGACGUCAGGGUUCGCUUUGCCGACAUCGCCGGCAUGGACGAGGCUAAGGUCGAGAUCAUGGAGUUCGUCUCUUUCCUCAAGGAGCCCGCCCGCUACGAGCGACUCGGUGCCAAGAUCCCUCGUGGUGCCAUUCUUUCCGGUCCUCCUGGUACCGGUAAGACCUUGCUCGCAAAGGCUACUGCAGGCGAGGCUGGGGUUCCCUUCUAUUCCGUGUCCGGCUCCGAGUUUGUCGAGCUCUUUGUCGGCGUCGGUUCUUCCCGUGUACGCGACCUCUUCGCUACUGCGAAGAAGAAUGCCCCCUCGAUCAUCUUCAUUGACGAGAUCGACGCCAUUGGCAAGUCUCGUGGAAAGGGCAAGGGCAUCGGCGGCAACGACGAGCGCGAGCAAACGUUGAACCAGCUGCUUGUGGAGAUGGAUGGAUUUGGCACCCAGGAACACGUUGUCGUCCUCGCGGGUACUAAUCGGCCCGACGUUCUCGACUCUGCCUUGAUGCGUCCCGGUCGUUUCGACAGGCACAUCACCAUCGACCGUCCCGACGUCGUAGGAAGGAAGGGCAUCUUCAUGGUCCACCUGAAGCCUCUUCGCCUCGCAAGCACGCUUCCCGAGGUGGGGAAGUUUGCCGAGAAGCUUGCUGUGCUUACACCCGGUUUCUCGGGUGCCGACGUCGCGAACGUGUGUAACGAGGCGGCCUUGCACGCGGCGCGCGUCGGCCACGACUCUGUUACGGAAGACGAUUUCGAGGCGGCCAUUGAGCGUGUCAUCGUCGGCCUGGAGCGGAAGAGCAGGCUGCUUAGCCCCGAAGAGAAGAAGACGGUUGCCUACCAUGAAGCCGGCCACGCUAUCUGUGGUUGGUUCCUGGAGCACGCGGACCCUCUUCUCAAAGUUAGCAUCAUCCCUCGCGGUGUUGGCGCUCUUGGUUAUGCCAAGUACCUGCCUCCUGAUCGGUACCUGCUCUCAACACCGCAGAUGCUCGACAGGAUAUGCAUGACCCUAGGCGGUCGUGUAUCCGAAGAGAUUUUUUUCGGCCACGAGAAUGUCACAACCGGUGCCCAGGACGAUCUCCAGAAGAUCACUAGGAUCGCUUUCGAAGCCGUGGCCAACUACGGUAUGAACGAUGUUGUCGGCCCCGUCAGCUACGGCGGCGCAAAUGCAACGCAAGAGUCAUUGGUCAAGCCUUUCAGCGAGAAGACCGCUGAGAUGCUUGAUGAGCAAGUGCGGAAGAUGAUUGUCCAUGCACAUCGGCGCACGACAGAACUUCUCACAGAGCACAAAGAUGAUGUUGAGAAGGUCGCGAAGUUGCUCCUGGAGAAGGAGGUUAUCACUCGCGAGGACAUGAUUGCCCUCCUUGGCCCUAGGCCAUUUGCCAACCGUAAGGAUGCAAUGGACAAAUGGUUAGAGGAGAAUAGCCAAGAGCGUAGUGCACCACCACCGCUAGAGACCGUCGAGCCCACCGUUGCCCCGGAGGACCCUUCGCCUACUCCUGCACCCGCGGCGAAGCGGAUAGACGAUGCGCCUCUGUAG